CUCACCUUCUGUUGAGGUUUACUAACACAAAAUUCUCAAUUAAUUUUUAGCUCUGGCGCAUCGAUACUCGAUAAUCAAAUUCGGACGGCUCGAUAUUCGGACGACUCUCGAAGUAAAACUGUAGCAGACGCUCCUGAAGAACUAUCUGUCAGAUUUUUUUAUGUUGGUGGAUAUUAAUAGUUGUAUCUGUUGUGUACACCGACGAUGGUGAUCUCUGCUGUCAAUGGAAACAGUGGAAGCAUUUAUGCCGUCACAACAGAAGGAAAAGUCAUACAACUUUCGAACGGUUCGUGGUCCGAAUUAAACGACGAAUUCAACAAAGAGUUACGUGUUAAGCGCAUUAGUUGUUGCUCGACUACUUUGUGGGCAAUAUGUGGCGAUCAUCAAGUCCAUUUGCGACUGGAGUCGGAGAUCCCGAUUCGUAUCAGAGAGGAAUCUUAUGAAAACCAAAGAUGGAACCCUCUUGAUGGUUUCUCCAAUAAGCUUUUACCCACAGACAGACCAUGUUAUUCGAGCCAAGAUGGUCUGACUGACAGGGACCUCAAAAGAGUAAAUUUGCCCAGCACAGCAUGGGUGUGGGAUGACCAGUGGCAUCUGGAAUUACUUCAUGAAGGACAACAUCUUGAAGCUGAGGGUUGGAUGUAUUCAGUUGAUUUUCCUCGAGCCUAUUCUGCAGCAAAGGCUUGGAACUCCUGUGUCAGGAGGAGAAAAUGGGUGCGAAAUCGUCGAUAUAAUGGUCUUCGUACUUGGGUCUCCUUAUCUCCAAUAGUAUUGAAUGAUAUGAUGGAACCGUUCAUUGAUAUUGCAACUGGCGGAUCGGAAAUUCCCGGAGCUGUGGCAGGCUUUGUAGCUGUAUGGGCAGUUACAAUCAAUGGUCUUUUGUUAUAUAGAGAAGGAGUUAACUUACUAACGUGCCCCGAUGGCAGUAAUUGGAGGAAGAUUGAAACUCCGCAGGGCUGCGAACCGUGUCAAGUCAGUGUCGGUCCUCAAGGAGUUGUUUGGAUUUUAGCUUGGAAUGGACAGUUGUUAACACGUAACGGAAUAACCUGGAACUGCGAAACAGGCGUUAGUUGGUACGAGGUCCCUCCGCCCUUUAAAGGUAUAUCGUUCAACCACAUCUCUGUGGGCCCUACCUCUUCUUGGGCAGUCAGUCGGGACAACGAGGUAUGGUUGAGAAAAGGAAUAGACUCUUCAAUACUUGGUUCGAGCUGGACGGCAAUGAUUGGCCAAAUGAAUUUGGUUUUCACUGGAUCUGACAGUCAAGUGUGCGGUCUUUUGAUCCAAGAUCAAAAACUAUACUUGCGAACAGGCAUAAAGAAUGAAGAGUCUGGAGGACGGUCUUGGAAAAUGCUCAAAACCGAAGACGUGACAUUUGUUUGGCUAGCUUUUGACGGAAAAGGUUUCGUACAACGAUUGGACGACUGUGCUGAUUCCUAUUGGGUUGAGCCUUGGAGGGGCCAAAUAUUGGAAAAGCUGCGGCAACGUCAUAGCCAGUGGCAGGACAAAUUUGCGGACUACUCCACUGCAGCAGAAACGACUGACUGGAUCAAAAACGGGCGAGCUUUGUUAAAUAAUCGUUGGGUCAAUCUUGGGUUGCGCUGCUGCAGUCAAGAGCCCUUGUUGGAUGUCGAAGACUUGCGGUUGUUGGCUGUCGAAAUCACUGCAAUUCGACGUACUGAAAAUCUGGGACUAGUCAUCCACUAUUUACUAAAUCCACCGAUUAAGCUGCUAUUUGCCAGUGAAGAAGAAGUUGAGGAUUGGGCAGCUCACCUGACCAAAGUGACACGCACGUCACGACAAAGCACCGGAAUAUUCGCUGAAUCGGUUUGGGCUUUAUCGGACAUGGGCGAUCCUUUUGUCCACGAAACAAGGGUCGAAAAGGAGGAUAAAGAUGUUCCUUGCCAGAUUGAAAUGACUUCAGAUGCAUCAGCUAAUCUAUCGUCGCUGUUUAUCCAUGAUACUCCAGACGGAUUUUAUCGUGGCUGUGGCAUAACCAUUAGCGGCAUAGUGCCAGCCAACGCUUGUCGGUUCUCCGUCAACCUACAGUGUGGUCCAAAGAUCCACCCCCAAGAAGUGUACACUGCCAAAAGAGAUAUAGCCCUACACAUCAACCCGCGUUUUGACACCUCUCCUGGUUCCGUUGAAGUUGUGCGCAACUCCUACUCAAAUAACAUGUGGGAUAUUGAAGAGAAAGCUGGUGAAUUUGAUCUACAGCCAGGAGACAGAUUUACCAUGUCCAUCAUUUGCCAGAAACAGCAAUAUCUAGUCAAAAUAAAUGAUGCCACCUUUACCUUCUCUUACAGGCUGUCGCCUUUCAGUGUAACUCAUUUCGUCGUCAAAGGCGACGUCAACCUUUUCGAUGUUUCCUAUUCUAUCCCAAAGACUGGCAUACCUUCCCACGCUUUGUGGACCCAACUCGGUGGACACUUUCGACACGUUGAAUCGUCAUCUGGGGGAGUUGUCUGGGCACUUGGUCAAGAUGGCACUUGUUGGAUCCACACAGGCUUUCACGGAGGCGGUUUUUUUAAAGGUGUGUUCGGUGGAAGUUCACAUGGAAUCCAUCCGCUCAGCGACGAGGGGCACGUUAAUCUUUACGAAAACCAAAGAUGGAACCCUGUGGCUGGAUUUUCAGCUCGCGGUUUGCCCACUGAUAGACCAUCAUGGAGCGACAUAACUGGUCUUCACGCUUACAAUAAAGAAAACAUGUCACUUCCCAACCGAAACUGGAAUUGGGUUUCCGAAUGGUUGGUCGAUUACCACCCGCCCGAUGGAGCCGAUAGAGAAGGAUGGCAAUAUGCGACUGAUUAUCCUUCUCGUUACCACACAUAUAAAGGAUCCUUCGAUUACGUUAGGCGCAAGCGCUGGCAGCGCAAAUGUCGGUACACUAGUACUGGACCAUGGUUUCAGUUUGGUCUCACUAAAUUACUGGACAUUUCAAUGCAGGUCGAUCACAGCGGACGUCCUGACGAGCCAUUGCUAUUAUGGGCAAUCGCAGCUAAUGGUUCAAUUCUUCGGCGAGUAGGAGUGACUGUGAUAAAGCCACAAGGUGAAUCGUGGGAGGCAGUAUUGGGCGAGCAUGCUUUCCAAUCCUUAUCGAUUGGGGUAGACGGGCGAGUGUGGGCAAUUACUUCAUUAGGAGCACCAGCCUUGCGGCACAGAGUUACUUUAGCCAACCCUGACGGAGUGGCGUGGCUUUUAAUGGACCGACCCGAGGGCAAUCCCACUCUCCGUCAAAUUUCCGCUGGCGAUAUUCAAGUUUGGGCAGUGGACUCACAGGAUCGCUUGUAUCGUCGUAAAGAUAUCGUUUCAAUUCUGCCAGAGGGAACUUCAUGGGAGCUAAUUGAUGAACACGUUCUACACGUGUCAGUAGGGAAGCACGACCAAGUUUGGGCUGUGCUGGAUUUGAAGAACAACGAACCUAAAGUGAAAGAGAGGGGUUCAAUUUGUAUCCGAAGAGGAAUUACAGCGUCCUGUCCUGGAGGCACUGGUUGGGAGUUUGUCAUUGGGGGUGGUUGGAGUUUUGUCUGCAAUCGGGGGCACGACAUUCCAUAUUAAUUUUCGCUAGUUUUAAUUUUCAUUUAAAUUUUCAAAAGAGACGAGCCAAUUUUAAAAUUUACUUCAUAAAUUAUCUGAAUGGUUACUUUAAGCCGACAUCAAGGAAUCUCAUUGACGUUCAUAUCUCUCAAAGUUGGCGAACAGAAAGUUGCGCAUUCAUUGCGUACUUUGAACUUCUCACAGGAAGAAGGCCAUCUACACCCGAAAUAUGACCAUUGUAACCAGACCUUAAUACAUUCAAAAUGGAAAAUUAA